CCUGGAUCCGGUUCUUGGUCUCAAAAAUUUUUCUAUUAUUAAACAGGAAAAAGAAAAGCGGGAUUCCUAUCUAGGGUUUCAAGCUGGGACUGUAGCAGCCUUUAAUUAGGCAUUGCUUGGGCCACGGAAAAGCUAUCAUUUGCUCUCACAGUCUCACUCCACUGCUCCCCGCAUUCUCAUUCCCAAUUUCACCUCUUAUUCUUCCCCUCUUCUUCCUCGAUAUUCGCAGGCUUACAGUGGAUCGAUCCAGCCGCGUCACCACUCGCUCUAUUCCGAAGCUAAUUACCAUAUCUGAGCUUUUGGGGAACAAGGGUUAGGAUUUUGGCGCAGAUUAACGGCGUCGAGAUCCGAGUUGGAGCUCGCGAGCCCUUGUCAUCUCUGAUCUCAGACUGUUUGUUUCCAGCCCACUCUCUCUCUUUCUUUGCACGCCAUUAGGAGAUCAAGAACAAAGAGGGGCGUCUGUUGCGAGAUCUGAUGCCUCUAUGAGCAGCCUCCGGCAGCGCCCGAACCGGGGCGGCCGCCCGGCCGCCCUUGAGACUGCGGACGACGGAGCCGGGGAGGAGGCCUACAACAUCAUCCCCAUCCACAAUCUCCUGGCCGAGCACCCGUCGCUCCGGUUUCCGGAGGUCCGCGCCGCUAUGGCGGCCCUCCGCACCGUGGGCGAGCUCCGCAAGCCCCCCUUCGUCCGCUGGCACGACGGACUCGACCUCCUCGAUUGGCUCGGCGCCUUCUUUGGCUUCCAGCGCGACAACGUGCGCAACCAGCGGGAGCACCUCGUCCUCCUCCUCGCCAACGCCCAGAUGCGCAUCCAGCCCCCGCCUGACAACAUCGACGCCCUCGACCCCGCCAUCGUCCGCCGCAUCCGCCGCAAGCUCCUCCACAACUACACCGCCUGGUGCGCCUACCUCGGCCGGAAGUCUAACGUCUGGAUCUCCGACUCCGCCGCCCGCCGCUCACCCGACCCCCGCCGCGACCUCCUCUACGCCUCCCUCUACCUCCUCAUCUGGGGCGAGGCCGCCAACCUCCGCUUCGUCCCCGAAUGCCUCUGCUACAUCUUCCACCACAUGGCCAUGGACCUCAACCGCAUCCUCGAGGGCUACAUCGACGAGUCCACUGGCCGCCCCGCCCUCCCAGCCAUCUCCGGCGAGAACGCCUUCCUCGCCCGCGUCGUCACCCCUCUGUACACCACCAUCAAGAAAGAGGUCGACGCCAGCCGCAACGGCACCGCACCCCACUCCGCCUGGCGUAACUACGACGACAUCAACGAGUACUUCUGGAGCCGCCACUGCUUCGACCGCCUCCGCUGGCCCCUCGACAACUCCCGCAACUUCUUCGCUGCCCCACCCGACAAGAACCGCGUCGGAAAGACCGGCUUUGUCGAGCAGCGCUCCUUCUGGAACAUCUUCCGCAGCUUUGACCGCCUCUGGAUCAUGCUCAUCCUCUUCCUCCAGGCCGCCACCAUCGUCGCCUGGGAGGGCAAGACGUAUCCCUGGCAGAACCUUCGGAGCCGCGACGUCCAGGUCCGCGUCCUCACCAUCUUCAUCACCUGGGCCGGCCUUCGCUUCCUCCAGUCCAUCCUCGACGCCGGCACCCAGUACAGCCGCGUCUCACGGGAGACCCUCUGGCUCGGUGUCCGGAUGGUGCUCAAGAGUAUCGUUGCCAUUGCCUGGACUAUCGCCUUCGGUGUCCUCUAUGCCCGGAUCUGGACCCAGAAGAACCAUGAUCGCCGGUGGUCCUAUGAUGCCAACCAGAGGAUAAUUACGUUCCUCGAGGUGGCCGGCGUGUUCGUCCUCCCAGAGGUGCUUGCUCUCCUGCUCUUCAUCCUUCCAUGGGUCCGCAACUUCCUCGAGAAGACCAACUGGAAGAUCUUCUACAUCCUCACUUGGUGGUUCCAGAGCCGCACAUUCGUCGGCCGGGGCCUGCGGGAAGGUUUGGUGGACAAUGUGAAAUACGCCCUCUUCUGGGUCGUCCUCCUUGCCGCGAAAUUCAGCUUCAGCUACUUCCUCCAGAUCAAGCCCAUGGUUGCCACGAGCAAGGCCAUAUACAAUCUUGAUAAUAUCAAGUACCAGUGGCAUGAAUUCUUCACCCAUACAAACCGGUUUGCUGUGGUUCUCUUGUGGAUCCCUGUUGUCCUGAUCUAUCUGAUGGACAUCCAGAUAUGGUACUCUAUCUUCUCCUCGCUUGUGGGAGCUCUGGUGGGGCUGUUCUCACACCUGGGUGAGAUUCGAAAUGUGCAGCAGCUGAGGCUGAGGUUCCAGUUCUUUGCAAGUGCCAUGCAGUUCAAUUUGAUGCCGGAGGAGCAGCUGUUCAAGGACCGGGGUUCACUUCGAAGCAAGUUCAGUGAUGCGGUCAACCGGCUCAAGCUGAGGUAUGGGUUGGGGCAUCCCUACAAGAAGAUUGAAUCAAGCCAGGUGCAGGCCAGCAGGUUUGCUCUGAUAUGGAACGAGAUCAUUGCAACGUUCAGGGAGGAGGAUAUCAUCAGUGACUGUGAGGUGGAGCUUCUUGAGCUGCCACCCAACGCAUGGAAUAUCCGGGUAAUCAGAUGGCCAUGCGUGUUACUCUGCAAUGAGCUGCUGCUUGCUCUUGGCCAGGCAAAGGAACUAGAGGCGUCGGACCGGAGUCACUGGAGAAAGAUAUGCAAGAAUGAGUACAGGCGGUGUGCAGUCAUUGAGGCCUAUGACAGUGUCAGGUUCCUCUUACUGGAGAUCAUCAGAGAGGAGACUGAAGAGCAUGCCAUUGUUAACCAGCUGUUUCUCGGGUUUGAUGAUUCGAUUCGGGUGGAGAAGUUUACAGUGGAGUAUAAGAUGGCUGUUUUACAAAAGAUCCAUACCCAACUGAUAGUUCUCUUGGACACACUGAUCAAGCCGAACAAAGAUUUAAACAAAAUGGUCAAUACAUUGCAGACCCUUUAUGACAUUGUCAUCCGUGACUUUCCCACUAAUAAGAAGAGCACAGAUGAGCUGAAGCAGAUGGGGUUGGCACCAAUGAGGCCGCGACUACUUUUUGAGAAUGCUAUCGAACUACCGAGUACAGAUAAUGCGAACUUCUAUAGGCAGGUGAGAAGGCUGCAUACGGUUCUCUCAUCUAGGGAUUCCAUGAACAAUGUACCAAAGAACUUGGAGGCUCGGCGGCGCAUUGCUUUCUUCAGCAACUCCUUGUUCAUGAACAUGCCCCGAGCUCCUCAAGUUGAAAAGAUGAUGGCCUUUAGUGUUCUGACGCCAUAUUACAAUGAGGAGGUUUUGUAUAGCAAGGAGCAGCUUCGUACCGAUAAUGAGGAUGGCAUCUCCAUCAUAUUCUAUCUGCAGAAGAUUUAUGAUGAUGAGUGGGAAAACUUUUUGGAACGUAUGCGGAAAGGGGGUAUGGUUGAUGAGAAGGAACUGUGGGGUGUGAGGUUGAGGGAUCUCCGUCUUUGGGCCUCAUACAGGGGCCAGACACUAGCACGUACUGUAAGGGGAAUGAUGUACUACUACAAGGCUCUCAAGAUGCUCACAUUUCUCGACACUGCUUCUGAGAUUGACAUAAGGGAAGGGUCGAGGGAACUCGCUUCAGUUGGUUCCUCGAUGAGGCGGGACAGUGAUGAAGAUGGUCUGGAGAAUGCUGGUAAAUCUCCAUCAUCACGAGUUUUGAGCAGAGAAAGCAGUGGUGUGAGCUUAUUGUUCAAAGGCCAUGAGCGUGGGACUGCUCUGAUGAAAUACACUUAUGUGGUUGCCUGCCAGAUAUAUGGGAACCAAAAGGCUAAGAAGGACCCUCAUGCUGAAGAUAUUCUGUAUCUAAUGAAGAACAAUGAAGCUCUUCGAGUUGCCUAUGUUGAUGAAGUCCACACAGGGAGGGAUGAAGUAGAGUACUACUCCGUUCUUGUUAAGUAUGAUCAGCAAUUGGAGCGAGAGGUGGAGAUUUACCGGGUCAGAUUGCCUGGGCCUUUGAAGCUUGGAGAGGGCAAGCCAGAGAACCAGAACCAUGCUCUCAUCUUCACAAGGGGUGAUGCAGUGCAGACUAUAGAUAUGAAUCAAGACAAUUACUUUGAGGAGGCCCUCAAGAUGCGGAACCUGUUGGAAGAGUACAAUCAUAACUAUGGUGCCCGAAAACCAACAAUCUUGGGAGUUCGAGAACAUGUUUUUACUGGUUCUGUUUCUUCUCUUGCUUGGUUCAUGUCUGCGCAGGAGACAAGCUUUGUCACCCUUGGACAGCGAGUUCUGGCAAACCCUCUGAAGGUGCGAAUGCAUUAUGGCCAUCCUGAUGUUUUUGACCGUCUCUGGUUUUUGAGUCGUGGUGGUAUCAGUAAGGCAUCCAGGGUGAUCAACAUUAGUGAGGACAUAUUUGCAGGCUUUAACUGUACUCUGCGUGGCGGCAAUGUUACCCACCAUGAGUAUAUCGAGGUAGGUAAGGGACGGGAUGUAGGGCUGAAUCAGAUUUCUAUGUUUGAAGCCAAGGUUGCUAGUGGCAAUGGCGAACAGACUUUAAGCCGAGAUGUUUAUAGAUUGGGUCACAGGUUGGACUUCUUCCGGAUGCUUUCCUUCUUCUACACAACUGUGGGGUUCUACUUUAACACUAUGCUGGUGGUGCUGACUGUCUAUGCAUUUGUGUGGGGGCGCCUAUAUCUGGCUCUCAGUGGACUUGAGGAUUCAAUCAAGAAUAAUGCUGACUCUACCAAUAAUGCAGCCCUGGGUACUGUUCUUAAUCAGCAGUUCAUCAUUCAGCUCGGCCUUUUCACUGCAUUGCCUAUGAUUAUAGAAAACUCACUUGAGCAUGGAUUCCUUCCUGCGAUAUGGGAUUUCUUCACAAUGCAGCUCCAGCUUGCAUCUGUGUUCUACACGUUCUCCAUGGGAACUAAAACUCAUUACUAUGGGCGAACAAUCCUCCAUGGAGGUGCAAAGUAUCGGGCUACAGGACGUGGUUUUGUUGUGCAGCAUAAGAGCUUUGCUGAGAACUAUAGGCUCUAUGCUCGUAGCCAUUUCAUAAAAGCAAUAGAGCUUGGGGUGAUAUUAACAGUUUAUGCAGCUUACAGUGCUCUUUCUAAGAACACCUUUGUCUACAUUGUCAUGACAAUUUCGUGCUGGUUCCUGGUGGUAUCAUGGAUAAUGGCUCCUUUUGCAUUUAAUCCAUCUGGGUUUGAUUGGUUGAAAACUGUUUAUGACUUUGAUGAUUUUAUGGACUGGAUUUGGUACCGUGGCAGUGUCUUCACAAAAUCUGAUCAGAGUUGGGAGGUCUGGUGGUAUGAGGAGCAGGAUCAUCUUCGGACAACUGGUCUUUGGGGAAAGCUAUUGGAAAUAAUAUUAGAUCUCCGGUUUUUCUUUUUCCAAUAUGGGAUUGUGUACCAGCUAAAAAUUGCCAAUGGGAGCACAAGCAUUGCAGUUUAUCUGCUUUCUUGGAUAUAUGUGGUUGUGGCUGUUGGAAUUUUUGUGCUAAUUGCUUAUGCUCGGGACAAGUAUGCUGCAAAGGAUCACAUUUAUUACCGGGCUGUCCAAUCCUUCAUCAUCAUUCUGGUGAUCCUAGUGAUUGUCAUAUUGCUCAAGUUCACUAAAUUUGAGAUUGUCGACCUUUUUACGAGCCUUUUGGCAUUUAUUCCUACUGGGUGGGGCCUUAUUUUAAUUGCACAAGUGAUCAGACCAUUUAUUGAGUCAACCUUGGUUUGGGAUACUGUGGUUGCUGUGGCACGGCUAUAUGACAUAAUGUUUGGAGUCGUUGUAAUGGCUCCUGUGGCAUUAUUGUCCUGGUUGCCUGGAUUCCAGUCGAUGCAAACAAGGAUUCUCUUCAAUGAAGCAUUCAGCCGAGGACUCCAGAUAUCGCGUAUUAUAACUGGGAAAAAGCCUAAUGUGAUUUGAGAUUUAUCCGACCAAAUUUUCAUGGGAGAGAGCUCGGAAGGCGGGCUGUCUUAGUUCUGCUGCUGGUAUAAUCUUCUACUCUAGAGGCUUGACUCAGGGAAAGCAUCCACAAGAGGCUCAGAGUCAGUGGUCCAUGAGCCAACUAAUAUACGUUCUGUAGUUCUCUAAUACAUGCCUUGUGAAUUGGAAGUCAAGGAUGCAGUUUUAUGCUUCAAUGCUUCUACAGGAUAUUGGGUCAUGAUAUUCACCACUCACGGGAUGUGUGGUGGCUGCUUCAGAUUGAGCUGAAAAGCCUCACACCAAAGCUGGAAUCACUCUCCCUUUAAGGGGCCUGUGGAGGUUUGAAAUCAUUCACACCAGAAAGCGAUGAUGCCUGAGAUGAAAUAUUAUGUUUGUCAAGGGUGUGUUUGAUUAGUGAGAGUGGGAGUUUAGAAUCAGAAUGGGUGACUCCCAUUCUAACUGUUUGGUUGAGAGGAGUUUCAUUCCGAUUCUGAUUUUGGGGUGGAAUUGGAAUGGUUCAAUCUACAUAGAACUCAAUCCCUACUCUUUUCUAUGGAUUUAAUUUUUCAUUUCAAUUUUGAUUUCAAUUUUGA